AUGGAGGUCUGCUGCACAGUGGCACUCAGCGUGGAGCUCAGCAGCUUAUUCCGAACGCUCCUGCUUCUCUCCACCAUGGAGGUUGUGGCUAUCUGGGAUGCUGUGUCUGCAUACAUCCUGGGACAGCUGAAGCUGGGCAAGGGGGUCCUGGUCACAGGACUCGGGACCUUUGCUACGGUGCAAGAGCGAUUCCAAGGUGAAGAAGAGGUGUACGUGGUUCGAAGACCCAUCUUCAAGCUGGACAUUGCUGAGAUAUCUCUGCGGGAGCUAGCGUUCCCCACAGAGGUUAUACCUGACGAUGUCAAGAUCGAGCCGCUGAACUACAGAUGGCUAUCGCAAGCCACUUCCUUCCCACAGCAUGUGGUGCAGAGCUGUGUGCAAGAGACCAUACUCUUGUACUCUUUCCAGCUGAGGAACAGGCAGCACCUUGCCUUCGCCUUCAAGGACAUUGGCGUUCUGUCCUUCACCGAUGAUGUCCUGUGCAUGCGGUUCUAUCGCGACUGCGUCACAGGGCUGGAGAGCAAGGCCAGCUGGAUUGCGCUGCUCAACACUAGGCUGUGGAUGCCCAGUGCAGCUGCCUCCGGUGGAGAGACCAGCACUCGGGGGAUGCAGGCUGCUCCUGCCCACGCCUUCCCCAGGUUUCGCUUUACGGUGGUCAGCAGAGCAGUGGCCAAGGCUUUGUCCGCCUGGGCCAAGAAGGCUGCAGCAAAGUCCAGGCUCAGACAAGGGGCAGAGGCGCAUCGUGGCAAGCUGCUGCAGAGACGGACGAAGCUUUCCCUUCCUGCACUGCCAAGUCAGGGGCCAGGCACAAGACAGAAAGACAUGGGCAAGAAGACUUCUGAGAGUGUGCUCCCCCCGUGUCCAGGCAGCUCCCCCAGGAUGAAGGAGGCAGGCAAGGCAGGCAGGCAGGAGCCCGCUUCUCCAGCCAAGCCCACCUCUACACUCCCAUCCUCAGACGACUGCCAGAGAGUGCUGCAGGAGGUCUGGCAACUGUCUGCAGAGUGGGAGCAAGUGAGGCCCAAGUGGCAAGUGCAUCUUGAGCAAGCAAAGGCAGAGUGGGCGGCGUGGGAAGCCUGGUCUGCGGGGAAGGACCGACAGCCGCCCCAGGCACUCGGCACUGGAGGCACAUGGACUCCCCACCCUCCAGCCCAGCCCAGGAGAGAGGCAGUCAAGGAGAGGUGGAGAAAGGCUCCAACCCGUCUCCCAGCAGAACAGAAGACAGCAGCAACCCCGCUGCAGAGACUCCAGCCCGACCACCUUUCCCCACGAGCGGUCCAGGUCCUCAGAAGGCUGGAGCCAUACCUUGAGCGCAAGGAAAUAUUCAAGUACGUCGCUGAGAACAGGAGGCGGCUUCAAGAGCAGCAGAAGCAGCUCCCCUGCACCAGAUGCUGGUACCGCAGCAGAGGGGAAGGUGCCGGGAGCAGCGGCUGUAGCAGUGGCUGUUAGCCAAGGGGCCGGGAGGCUUCUCACCUGCCAAGAUCCACCUAUAAAUACAAAACCUGGAGUCCUGGGGUGGUUCCCAGAUGGACUGACUGGUCUGUGCCCGGUGAUGGAUUGCUCUACAGGCAUUAUACACACCCCAUGUGUGAUCUCACAUCUGCUGGUAGGGGCAGGAGGGAAUAAAGUGCACACACGCUCCCCAGCAUGAACAUUCUGGCACUUCCCAACACACAGGCAGCACGACAGGGGAAGCUCUCACCCUCUUCCCAGGAAAGCAGCAGAGCUGGUGCCUCCCUCAUGUGUCUGCAUGCUCGUGCAUGCAGCGUGGGGAACCAUCAGCAGGGCCACAAGUCUGUGUGUUUACAGGGCUGUGAAUGCACUGGCACCACAGCGGUGCAGUGGGUGGCUGGCACAGCCGGAGGGCUGUGGUGGGGGGACGUGGGCUCUGCAGGAAGGGCUGUCCAGGAAGGCAAGGAGGUGGGCUUGCCUCUUGCUCGUGCUGGGACAGGAGCCAGCUAAUGGAUCAGGAUCAGCAGGUAGACCAAAGUGGGUGCCAUGUUAUCAGGUAUCUGCUGAAGGUGCCUGCAUCUGCGAUGGCACCUGCAUCUUCAAUGGCAUCUCCAUCAUCAAUUGCAUCCUGAAAUUGCAUGUCUCCAACCGUCCCCCAUUGGCAGGCUGGGGACAGCAUGUGCAUGACAGCUGGGGAUGUCCUGGAGGGUGGCACUUCCCUGGGCCCCAGGAGGGUCCCCUGGUGCUGCACUGCCCCAUGGCCAUGUGCCCUGGGGCUGGGGGCUUGGCCAUAAGCCUUGUGCGGGGGGGACGGCGUGUUCUGGGGACUGUGCCUGGCACAGUGGGAUUUUGCCUCUCAUGCUGCAAUACCAGGUUAGAGCUGCCCACUGCUGUCAUGACUUCUCCCAGCCUUGGCUCACCCCAUCACCCCAAACCUCCGCCAGGCCCGUGGGUGCACGCAUCUUGCUUGCAGGUUGGGGCAAGGGUGUUUGUUACUUCCAUGGCAUUUCACACAAUUUUUGGCAUCACGGCGUGAAAGCAUCAGCCAAGCAAGAGCUGUUUACCAUAUUAAGUAUGUCUAAUGAGGGCAGACGUGGUAUGCACAGGUUUCUCUUUUUUUUCUUUCCGUUUCCAUUUUCUCGCCACCCUCCCCACCCUCCCCAGCAUCUUCAGAUAAGAAUAUUACCAUUCAAAUAAUCAAACCACUCUGGCCAGGCAUCUUAUGGACAAGAUGCCUUUGUAAAAGGAGCCUCUUGGGGCACAGGAACUCUUCAGCCACGUUCCUCUAACCCAGCCCGCUGACUGCGGCAUUUGGGGAAGCGUAACAGAAUGCCAUGUGCCCAAGCACAGGAGCUGUAGCUGAAGCAUGUGAGUGAGGAACGGGAGGCAGAGGCAGACCCUGCUUGACAUCCAGCUGCCAGGAUCCUUCAUUCCCAGGGUGGCAUUGGGUGCUGCCAGCUCCUGUGGCCGGGCCCUGCAGCCAGCUCAGCCGGGAGGGAACUUUGCACCUACGCCUGUCAGAUGCCAGCUGGAGGAACAGCACUAAAGGAGACUUGGACCCAAGCUGACUUUGUCCUGGGCGGCGAGGUUGUGGUAAGACAAGGAGAUCCAGCACCGCACUGGUAGCUGGUGCCAGGGAAAUGGUGCUGGAGCCCCAGUGGUCCUGCUGUGGCAGGGGCAAAACUGGCUGCUCCCAGCAGGGCAGGGGCAAGGUGAGAUGCCCUGAGCAGGGCAGGGACAAAAGUCAAUGCCCCCCACAUGGGGCAGAAGCAAAGCUCGCCACCCAUAUUUGAGCAGUGGCAUAGAGAGCCCCCUGAGCAGGGCAGGAGUCAAUCCAGGUCCCCUGUGUGGACAAGGGGCAAAAGCUGCCUCCCCAGGGCUGGGAGGGGAAACACCAGCCAUCCCCAGAGGCACGUGAUGAACAAAAGCCACCCAAGCAAGGCCGUG